AUGCCCAAGACACUUGACAAGUGGUACGAAUACGCCUCGCGGUUUGAUAACCAAUGGAGAUCUGCUCAGAUCUUCAAGCGAGGAGCCACUACGACGACUCGAGGAAAGGGCCGAUCUGUCCAUCGUCCCUACUACUCGGCUUCUGCAAAGGAUCCAAACGCGAUGGAUGUUGAUCGUGUCAAUAUCUCGCGCUUAUCCCCGGACGAGCGACAAAAGAGAAUGAAAGAAGGAUUAUGUUUCCUAUGCGGAAAGAAGGGCCAUAUAGCCAACGACAGACAAUUCCACCCCCAGUCUGGAAGUUUCACCCGUGCUAGAACGAUACAGCCCGGGUUAGACACAGACACGAUCACAUGGAUCAAGAAGAUGCGAGAAGACCUCACACAGAAGAAGGAGACGUCGAAGGAAGAAACCAGAGAGGAACAGAUCACCUAUGUGCGAAACAUCUUCAACGAUAUGACUGAUGAAGAACGAACCCAAUUGGGUUUUUGA